GGGGCCAAGGGUUUGAACGGAGGGUCUCCCUCCCGCGGCAAGGCUGCGUCGGCGGCGGCGGGUGCGGGAGGCGGUGACGGCCGGGGGUUGGCGUCUGGGCCGAGAGGCUGAGGCUGGCGCGGCGGGCGCUGGGGGCGCUGCCCCUGAGGCAAUGAUGGGCAAGGAGGAGGAGAUUACGCGCAUCGCCCGGAGGCUGGACAAGAUGGUGACCAAGAAGACCGCGGAGGGAGCCGUGGACCUGCUGCGGGAGCUGAAGGCCAUGCCGGUCACGCUGCACCUGCUUCAGUCCACCCGGGUCGGCAUGUCCGUCAACGCCCUGCGGAAGCAGAGCUCGGAUGAGGAGGUCAUCGCACUGGCCAAGUCGCUCAUCAAGUCCUGGAAGAAGCUCCUGGCCAGCCACACCCCUCCUUUCUGGGCACUUACAGAUGCUUCAGAUGCCAAAGCCAGGGACCGGAGGAGGGGCGGGCCUCUGCCCACGUCAUCCUCCAAGGAGGGCUCCGAGGCCAAGGACUCCAGCCGCAAGAGGCUGGAGCUGCCGAGGGUGCCGCCGGCCCCGAGGAUGACCACGUUUCCCCCGGUGCCGGUCACCGGCGACGCCGUGCGGAACAAGUGCCGGGAGAUGCUGACGGCCGCCCUGCAGACGGACCGUGACCACGCAGCCGUCAGUGCAGACUGCGAGAGCCUGUCGGCCCAGAUCGAGGAGUGCAUCUUCCGGGACGUGGGGAACACGGACAUGAAGUACAAGAACCGUGUGCGGAGCCGCAUCGCCAACCUCAAGGACGCCAAGAACCCUGACCUGCGACGGAACGUGCUGUGCGGCACCAUCACGCCCCAGCAGAUCGCGGUGAUGACGUCGGAGGAGAUGGCCAGUGACGAGCUGAAGGAGAUCCGCAAGGCCAUGACCAAGGAGGCUAUCCGGGAGCACCAGAUGGCCCGCACCGGGGGCACCCAGACAGACCUGUUCACCUGCAGCAAGUGCAGGAAGAAGAACUGCACCUACACGCAGGUGCAGACCCGCAGCUCCGAUGAGCCGAUGACCACGUUUGUCGUCUGCAAUGAGUGUGGGAACCGCUGGAAGUUCUGCUGAGCCCUCGUGCAGAUGUGCCUGCAGCGGCGGCCAGCGCUGGCCGCCCCUCCUCGCCUCCUGUGGACACAGCCUCUCUGGAGCCCUGCCUGUGCCUUCCCGGCUGUCCCCAGAAGGCAGACACCUGCCCCCCCGCCCCCCCCCCCCAUCUGCAGCGCACCUUUCUCCAGACUAUUAAAUGUUUCUUUUUGCCACCA